CUUGUUUUCCCACAUUAAAAUAAAUGCUUGUGUUGGUAACAGAAAUGUAACGUCAAAAUGUUCCACUGGUUAAGCGUAGUUUUCCUUUUAAUUUGCAGCAUACAUUUAACUGAAGCUACAAGCGGGGUAGAAUUAAAGAUCAAUGGCCGUCCAUGUGGAUUUGAACAAGAACCAAUCGUCGUAGAAAAAAACAAAGAAAUGUCUCUUGAAUGUAGCUUUGUGAAUAAAAACAGAAUUGGCAAGCUCGAAAUAAAGAGAGAGAACGAUGUCAUUGUGACAUUCGAAGACCAGAACAGUAUUGAAUACACAGUUGGUGAAGUGAAAUGUUCACACAUGACCAGCUAUUAUUGUGUGUCUGGGGAAGAUGUACAACGUGUAGAUGUAGCUGUUCUAUCAUGCCCAUUGAGAUUGUGCCCUGUUCAAAAGAUUGAGGACUUGACAGCUGUAGCGGAUCCUGGUGAAAAUGUCACAUUAGAUAUUUGCGUAACUGUAUUUGCUAAAGAUCAAAAUACAACUACAUUAAGCAUAGACGGAAUGAACAUCAUACAUAAACAAGCUACUAACACUGAGAAGUACAGUUUUGAAAUAACAGUUAACAAAAACUGUUCAAACUCAUUAAACAUCUAUAUACAUAUAAAGAACAUCAUUAACGAAGAUUAUGGAGUAAAAACUAUUGAAAUAAAAAUGCCUCAAAAAGAGAAUUUAAUUUUUGAUUUUCAUUUAAAGAAAAAGAACGGCUUAAAGCCUAAACAAGUACAAUUUACAUUGAAUGGUGCAAUUAUAGAAGACAACCUUGCUAAUUAUUUUGAUAUUGAUGAUGCCGUGUCACUGAAAUGCAGAUUUGUUGAUAGGCAAGAACGUGGCAACUUCACCAUAAAGAAAAAUGAUGUAGAAUUUUUGACAGCAGGAGAAAAUGUGAGCAGUGUUGAAUUUAAAAUUGACAAGCUUAAUUGUUCACAUAUGGGCAGCUACUCCUGUAUAGCUGGGGAUACCACCAAAGAAAUUGAUCUUGUUGUCGAGAAAAAAACUAAAAUGUGUGAACCAAGACUGUGUCCGAAUUACACUAGCAGUGUUUCACUGACGGCUGUUCCAGGACAAAAUCAAACAUUUAAAACCUGUGUAAUUGGUUAUAGGAAAACAGAAAACUUCCCUGUUCUAAAAAUUGGCGAUAAUUACAUUUUCGAAUCGACGUUAGACUCUAAAUAUGGCAUAAAGUCAACAUCAAAAAGAAAUGGUGUAAUUAAACUGAUUAUCCACGUUAUUAUCAACAACAUAAGUGAACAAGAUUAUGGAGAGAAAAACUUUGAGCUUAUUUUAUCUGAUAAACAACGUUUAGAAAUACCAGUGCAACUUAUCAAAGCUACAAUAACUGUGUCUACGGAAUCUUCAAGUACAACGGAAACCACUUCAGUUAACGGAGAAAUGGAGCUCAUACAAUCGACCCCCGUGAGAUACGCCCAAAACCAAGAAGAUGACCACAAAGUGCUGAUCAUAGCCACCGUAUUAGGAGCUCUGGUUGUAUGUGUUAUAGCUGGUAUUUUCCUCUACUUAAAGCUGAAGAAACGAAAUAAAAGGAUACAUCGUGAGAAUACAAGUACUGAAACAAUGUGUGAUCAAACAGACAGGAGACAACAGGAAGUUAAAGUCAACUUGUUAGGUGAAAGUAGCCUCAACCAAACAUCGAAUGACAAGAAUCAAGCAAUGAUAUGACUUAGCCUGAGUUGGCUAGCUAUCGCAUUGUUUACAUGCCUACUGCUGGCAAGUGUUUGCUUUCAUCUAAUUUUCAUCAAUAUCAUCGUCAGAGAUAUAAAAACACAACUCAUAAAGAACUUGGACUGUUUGUGUGUGUUUGCAAUGUGGUGUGUUGUUUUCACCUUUUACUUACACACCGCACUACAAGAGAUGUGUCAGCAAGCCCCUGCUUCACGUCUAGUUCAAGUAGUGCCUACCCGUGGCGCAGGCGUUAACUGGAUAUCUGGAUAUCUGGAUCUGCUGGAUAUCUGGAUCUGCUGGAUAUCUGGAUCUGCUGGAUAUCUGGAUCUGCUGGAUAUUCGGAUCUGCUGGAUAUCUGGAUCUGCUCGAUAUCUGGAUCUGCUGGAUAUCUGGAUCUGCUGGAUAUUCGGAUCUGCUGGAUAUCUGGAUCUGCUGGAUAUCUGGAUCUGCUGGAUAUCUGGAUCUGCUGGAUAUUCAGGCUAAACUGCUUGGGCGAAAAAAGCUUUGUUACACUACUGAGAUAUAGUGUUAAAAAAUGUGCUAUAGCGAAAUUGUCCAAUAGUAUUCUACCCUUAGAAACAAUUUCAGUUUAGCGAAAGCUAAAUAAUUAACCAAAUCAUUAACAAUAAAUAAAAUAUAUGAUUAUUAUUAUUGGAUGGCUCUUGAAAAUAAUCUCCUGUGUAUUCUAAAUUCACGUUAACCAUUUUUUAUAAUUAGGUUGGCCGCAUAUCACUAUCACAAACACUGGUAUAGAAAAAAACUGUAUUUAAAAAAAAAAAAUAAUAAUAUUAAAAACGAAAGAGCAACGAACAGGACAUAAGAACAUUACUAAUCCCCAAUAAUAGGCCAGAGAUAUAAGGUAAUAAGUUUAUUCAAGAGCUUCGGACACUAUCAUACACAGAAAAAUUACGUAUUUUUUUUAUAUUUUAAAACAUAGGACAUGCGAUAAAAUUUAAAUUACAUUUUUUUAAAUUGCACGCAUUUGAAUAUUUUUGUAUUGAGGAUAAAA